GUUACAAACAUAUAAAAGAAAUAGAAUAUUACAGAGGUAUUACAAAAAUAUAUCAAAGAGAGCACACAUGGAAAUAGUUUUAAUAGCUUUCUUAUUAGUGGAGUAAUUAAUGGUUUUUAUAUAUUGUUUGACCUCAUUGUUAAAAAUAGAAAAGAGUGUUUUUUUGGGCAGUGUUUCUGCAUUUAUGGAUAUGCCAUUUUGCCAAAUAUAUGAUCAUAUUAAUUACAUAAAAAUGUCCUUUUUUUUGUUGGUGGAUAGUCAAUGAAGCCAAACAAUACAUGUUCAAAGCAAAAGGAAAAGUGUGGUAAAAUGCAAGUAGAAAUUAAAUCACAAAUAUCCAUCCAUAAUUUGGUGGAAAAGGGGCAAGACCAGAAUAAAUUAAAAAUAUCUUCAGGGUGUCCUUCACAAAAAGAGCAAUUAACAUCAAUAUCUUUCGUCAAGUGUUUACAACAAAUGUUCUUUAGCAGUACGUGUUAUUUCUCACGUACGUCCAGAAGGGGGCAGAGUUUCGCCGAGCAAACAUCACAGAAAGAGGUGAAGAAGAAGAAGAAGAAGGAAUAUACUUCCUGCUUUCUGGUCCAGAGUUCAAACUCUCAGGCGGGACAGUCAGCUGGUCGGAUUCCGUAAAUCUUCAGCAACAUGGAAUAUGAUGAAAGCCUCUUAAUGCAGCGUUUCGAUGAUUUUAAACUGAUCACAGAGGCACGGCACGAGGAACAGGUGACUCUCCACUGCGCGCGCUGUAACACCGUCCUCGGGGACUCCUUCAGCGUCUGUGGGGAGAUUAAAUGUAUGGACUCUAUUAUGUGUCUAAGAGUAACCAAUGAUGUGGUCAUCAGUGAUGCAAUGGAGUCAGGGCAUACAGGGGUAAUGGCUGAUUGCAUCUACAGUUCUGUAAAAUGCUGCGGCUGCCGCUCUGCUGUGGGCCGAGUUAUUCACUCAGCUCCGCCACGUUUGGACGUGACUCGCUCCCUCUUCCUCCUCUACAAAGCAAACAUCAGUUGUUACAUCCUCAACAGCAGCUCAAUGGUGAAAGCGUCCACACUCACAUUCGAUAUGAAGCCUCUCAGCGAAAAGAUGAGUGAGGUGAAACAGCAGUUUGAAGCUCAGUUGGGUCGGAUUUCACACGUUAGGAGCAGACUGUCGGACAGGAGUGAAACCAGUGAACUGGACAAGUAGUCUAGACUGUCCCUUGUCCCGCGGGACCAUGUGCUCUUCAGUCCGCUGCCUCCUGUAGCGUUUGUGUUUUAUGUUGUAAUGUUUUUUUAUGUUUUCAUUAAAGGGUUUUUGGUGA